AUGUCAUUCAAGCUGGGCCUUUCAGGGUCGGCGCACUCGACCACGCAGCUGAGCGACCACGUGCUGCCGUCGCGCGCGAGCGUGCACCGGGCCGUCGCGAACGACAGCUACAACGACCUGACGCUGAACCUGAUGAGCACGCUGCGCAACAAGCACAAGACAGAACCGCAGGGCCUGGGGCGCGACUACUGGCUAGACGACUCGUCGGCAACAAAGUGCCGGUCGUGCGACCGCACGUUCACCACGUUCCGCCGCAGACACCACUGUCGGAUCUGCGGCAAGAUCUUCUGCAGCAACUGCACCACGUUCAUUGACGGCGACAAGUUCAACCAUCCGGGCAAGAUGCGGGUGUGUCUGUUGUGCCUGAAACUUGCCGACCGGUACGAGGAGUACGCCUCGAGCGAGGACGAGUCGGUUGGCGACGAGUCGACGAGCUCGACGCAGGUUUCGGAGACGCUUUCGCCGGUGCGCGUGGACUCUGAGAGCCGCGACACGCUUUCGCUGGCUGCGACGACGGACGAGCAGUUUGUGCCGCGGUCGGCGCCGACGCCGCCGCCGAUGAUGGCGAUCCCGACGACGCGCAAGGGCGAGGCGAUCGAGAUCGACAUCCCGCGCUCGAACUCGGUGAGUCGUCGCAGCCGGGGCAACACACUGCUGGCGAGCCGGCCGUUCCACGCGGGCAACGGAGACACGGGCGCGCGCGCGGAGCAGGACAAGAAGACGCUGACGCCGCUCAACUUCACGUCGGCGGCGGCGACCGCGGCCGCGGACGCCGCGUCCUCGAUCUUCAACUUCGGCACCGCGAUCCUGCCGGGCAACCACCAGCCGUCCGCAGACGCGCGCCCCGACGAGGAGUACGCGCUCUCGGCCUCGCACACGCUGCUGAGCUCGCCGUCGGAGCUGUCUGACGACGAGGACGAGCCGGGACUGCUGGCGUUCACGUCCGUGCACUCGAACCCGCUCAACAACCACGAGUUCAACUGGACGUACCAUAGUCCGAACGCCAGCAUGUUCAAGCUCGAGGACGCGGGCAGCGUGACGGGGCGCAAGGUGUUCCGCUCCAACAGGGCGCGGCGGCCGGCCAACUUCCACCGGCUCAAGCACCGGCGCAUGAGUCGCAGCGGGACGCGCGUUGCCAGCGACGCGAGCUCGGGCGCGCCUUUCGCGCGUGCUGUUUCUGGCGGGUUCGGGUUCGGGUUCGAGGAGUUUGAGUUCAUGGACGAUUUCCUGCGCGCAGGCGAGAACCACGCCCGUCAGCUGCUCACCCAGCUGCUGACCGACCGCGAGGUGGAGCACAUCGACGUUUGGGCACGAACGCUGAUCAAGUGUCUCAAACGGGUGUCCAGCGUGCCCGUGGAGCUGGCGAACGGCGAGAGCUUCGACAUCUCGAACUAUCUCAAGCUGAAGCGGAUUCCCGGCUCCUCGAUCGAGGACUCGGCCGUGCUGGACGGGAUCGUGUUUUCCAAGUGUCUGCCGCUCAAGACGAUGGCCGACUGCAUUCUGAGCCCGCGCAUCAUGCUGGUGACGUUCCAGAUCGAGUACGAGCAGGAGGCAGACACGCGGUUUUCGAGCCUCGAGCCGCUCAUUGCGCAGCAGGACCAGUAUCUGGAGAAGCUGGUGGCGCGAAUCGUCGCGCUGAAACCCAGCGUGGUGCUUGCCGAGAGCACUGUGAACGGGUACGCGCUGAAACUGCUCGCGGACGCGGGAAUCACCGUGCUGUUCAACCUCAAGCCGCAGCUGCUCAGGAAAAUCGCGCGCACAACCAAGGCCGACGUGGUCAACUCGAUCGACAAGCUGGCCACGAGCCCGGCGCUGGGCCGCUGCGGCAAGUUCGAGGUGCGCUCGUACGUGCACGAUUCGGUGCGCCGGACGUACGUUUUUCUGACGGGGUGCAACCCGGAGGCCGGGUUCACGGUCGUGCUGCGCGGCGGCAGCAGAGAGGAGCUGGCCAGGGUGAAGGAGUGCGCGACGCUGAUGGCGUACGUGUUUUUCAACGUCAAGCUGGAGUCCGGACUGAUGCGCGACCAGUGUCUGCAGGCAGGCGACUACGACUUCCACCCGGCCGUGGAGCCGCUGCACAGCAUGAGUCUGGGCCGCUACCAGGACGUGGAGCGCGCGUUCGACGUGCGGAUCCUGUCGUCGUCGCCGUGGGUGCGGUUUGAGCGGCCGUUUGUGCUCGAGCGGCUGGCGCUGUACCAGGCGCGGCUGGACAGGAACGCGGAGCUGCUGCGGCGGUUUGCGGAGCUGGCGCGGGGCAGCGCCGGUACCGGCGACGCCGUGGACGAGCUGCUGGUGCAGUGGAACGUGCGCGUCGACCCGGACGAGCUGCCGCAGCGCGACGCGGACCUGGCGAAGCUCGUCGAGCAGCACGAGGACUACGUCGACAGGCACACCCGGUACGAGAUGUCGCUCGCGGAAAAGCAAUGGGAGCAGUUCUGGCACCCGCGCCGGUUCGUGUUUUUCGACCCGAGCUACCACCAGAACAUCGUCACGCUGUACAGCAUGGUGUCGACGAAAAACGCAACGCCGUGCGUGGGCCCGGAAAUCCAGGUCACCGACUACUACUGGGACAACGACUUCUGUCUGGGCCAGUACAUCGAGCACCUCUGUGUGAACGCGGGCCAGCUGUGCACGGAAGGGUGCGGGCUGACGCUGAAGGAGCACUUCCGGUCGUACGUGCACGGCGGCGGCAAGGUGGACGUGGUGGUGGAGACGAAUCCGAAGCCGUUGCAGGGCCGCGAGAACAUGAUCAUGGCGUGGAGUCUGUGCAAGAGCUGCCAGAACACGACGCCGGUGCUUCCGCUGAGCGACAACGCGUGGAAGUACUCGUUCGGCAAGUAUCUGGAGCUGUCGUUCUGGUGUCGCGGGAUGAAGGUGAAGGGCGCGGCGUGCGCGCACGAUUUCUACCGCGACCAGAUCCACUACUUCAGUUUCCAGAACCUGGCUGUGCGCGUCGAAUUUUCCGAGGUGGAAAUUCUGGAGCUGGUGCCGCCCAAGUUCCAGCUUUUCUGGAAGCCCGAGUACGACCUGCAGAUCAAGGUGCAGACGUACAGGCAGGUGGUGAAGCGGACGACGGUUUUCUUCGAGAGCGUGCGGAGCCGGCUGAACCGGUUGAAGCUGGACAGCAUGACGGAGGACCGCAUCGAGGCUGCGCAGCAGCGGGUGCAGGAGCUGAAGACGCGCGUCGACCAGCAGCAGACGGCGAUGCUGCAGCUGGCCGAGGACAUCUACCGCACGACGCCGGUGUCGGGCCAUUUGCGGCUGACGGGAGUGAUCCGCGAGGUGCAGGAGCUGUCGAACGAGUGGAAUUUCGAGUUCCAGGAGUUCGAUAAGGAUUUCCUGCCCACAGAGAAGGAGAUCAAGAAAAUCACGGCGUUCCAGCUGGACCGGCUGUUCAAGGCGGGCAACGACAAGCCGGGCGAGUUGGCAGAGAAGGAGAAGGAGGAGGAGAAGGAGGAAAAGGAGGAGGAAGGAGCAGGGUCGCGGCGGCGCGGCAACCUCGUGCUGGAAAAAAUCCAGGAGUUGCAGCAGGGCAGCAGCGAGUUGCAGAACCAUAUAUUGGAGACCGGCGACCGCGUGCUGCCGCGGCUGACGGAGCUGAACAGCGAGGGCAAGGUCAAGAAGCUGGCGGAGUAUUUCGACGCGCAGGAGUUUUUCCGGCAGCGCGAAGAGGAGAAACGCAAAUUGCAGGAGAACAGCUACCGGCACAAACUGGUGGCGUCGCGCCCGACGGUCGAGGUGUAUAAGAACGUGAAGGACGCGGUGGAGGAGGAGCGUGCCGAGUCGGACCGGCGCGAGGAGCCGAAACAGCAGCCGGCGCAGCCGCAGCCGCAGCCGCAGACGCAGCCGGAAAAAUCGUCGCUGCUCAAGUCGCUGACGCACUUCUGGGCCGACCGGUCGGCGACGCUGUGGGAGCCGCUGUCGUACCCGCUGGGCCCGACAGAGCACAUAUUUGUCGACUCGGACGUGAUUGUGCGCGAGGACGAGCCGAGCUCCAUCAUCGCGUUCUGUCUGAACACCGCAGAUUACGGGUCGAAGCUGUACUAUCAGGAGAAACAGCAGCAGCAGGACGAGACCGACGACGGCGAGUCUGCGUCGGUGCGGUCGGACCCGGAGACGAAACAGAGCGCGGCCAACAGCCACACGGACGACGGCGCGGCGUGCUCGCCCGAUCUCGAGAAAAUCAUGCUCAAAAAGGGUUUCCAUCUAAAGUACCAGUUUGAGGAAGGGUAUUCGACGAUUUCGUGCAAAAUCUUUUUUGCAGAGCAGUUCGACGCGUUCCGCAGACAGUGCGGCGUGAGCACGAAGUUCGUCGAGAGCCUGUCGCGGUGCGUGAAGUGGGAUUCGACGGGAGGCAAGUCUGGGUCGGCGUUUCUCAAGACGCUGGACGACCGUUUUAUCAUCAAAGAGCUGAGCCGGUCGGAGCUGGAGGCGUUUGUGCAGUUUGCGCCGAGCUACUUUGAAUACUUUUCCCAGGCGCUGUUCCACAGCCUGCCCACGGUGCUGGUCAAGAUAUUUGGUUUCUACCAGAUCCAGGUCAAAACGAACAUGCCGGGCGCGCGCUCGUACACGAUGAACGUGCUGAUUAUGGAGAAUUUAUUUUACAACCGCAAGAUGACGCGGAUCUUCGACCUGAAGGGCUCGAUGCGCAACAGACACGUCGAGCAGACGGGCAAGGAGAACGAGGUGCUGCUGGACGAGAACAUGGUGGAGUACAUUUACGAGUCGCCGCUGUUUGUGCGCGAGAACGCGAAACGGCUGCUGCGCGCGUCGUUGUGGAACGACACGCUGUUUCUGGCCAAGAUGAACGUGAUGGACUACUCGCUGGUGGUGGGCAUUGACUCGGAAAAUAAGGAGCUAGUGGUGGGGAUUAUCGACUGCAUCCGCACGUUCACCUGGGACAAAAAGCUGGAGAGCUGGGUCAAGGAGAAGGGCCUGGUAGGGGGCACCGGCGUCGGCAAGGAACCGACGGUGAUCACGCCGAAACAGUAUAAAAAUCGGUUCCGCGAGGCGAUGGAGCGGUACAUUUUGAUGGCCCCCGGGCCGUUUUACACCAGCACGUAA